AUGGCCGACAGUCCAAGUUUGGGGCCUAACGAAAACGACCCUAUUAAACAAGCCAUUUUGGAAGUGGAAGCCGAUGUUAAAAAAAACCAGAUAGUUGCAAAGGAUGCCGUAAAAAAAAGCGUUAAACAUCUUCCAAAUAAUUGCGAUGUUUUUGGUCGCAGUAUCGAUGCAAGAAUCAAUGCUACAAAAGGAAUGGGCAAAAGCCCUGCUACGACAGUCAAAUAUACAGCCGUCAUUUUGGCUUAUUUCAAGUGGUGUCGCGUUACAACCGAAAUCAACUCUCCCUAUCCUGAAAUCAUCACACCUAGACGAACCCUCCUCUACAUGGAGUGCGUUGUUGGUGUUGCUGACAUUAGGGGGCGUACAAAUGGGUUUGCUUCUUUUGAAGGUGCAGCCCCCGCUUUAAAUCAUCUUUACAAUUUGCAAAAGUCUAAGCUUCUCUCCUACCCUGACUUGAAAGACCCCAAAGAACCUCCAGUUAUUCAAUGGCCUGAAAGACUUCGAAAUUCUUCUAUUGAAGAUUAUCUUAAAGGAAAAAGAGAAAUUCAAAGCCGGAUGGAGAGUUUGAAUUUUGCCGACAAAGCGCGUGGCACAGUAUCCGACGUCUCUAUCAUCUUUCGCCAACAUGACGGUUAUACAAUAGCAGAACUUGUGAAAAUGUCUGAGCAUUUAAUGAAAUCCAAAAGUUUCAACGUUCUUUUUGCAGCCUUAGGAAGCCAUGCAUUGAUGGUGAGAGGUGAUAACAUGCGUGGGUUCGAGCUUUCCGACCUGGUUCUCCAAGACUUGACAGAUUCAGACAUUGGGAAAAAAACCUCCAUUUAUUUCGUCAAUCGCCAUAGUAAAAAAAACAGAACAGGACGUGUUGAAUACACUGGAAGUUUACGUCACAAAAACCCGUUUCUUUGCAGCCAUCUUGCUUUAGCUCUUAAUUUUUUUGGGCGCUUUCAUAUUGGUAACAGCCGGAGUGUGGAGGCUCCUAUUGACUUUUCUUCUUCUCAUUUUUGGUAUAGAAUCAAGCUUUUUCGAGGAACUACUCCAUCUAGGUCUUACACCCCCAACCAUCACGAAAGCCUUAUUUCAAAACUUUUGAAAGAUUGCAAUAUCAUCUCAAAAAAAAUUACCCACAUUUUUCGAGGGUCCUCAUUUUGA